UUGGUUUGAUUCAAAUCAGGCCGUUAGAAUUAGAGUAAAAGCUGAUUAUAUUUAGUGUGACGAGUUGCGUCCUUGCUCCCGGUGUAAGAUCGGUCCACAUGUCUGCGUCUAUUCCAUCGUUAGCGCGCCAAGCUGGAAUAGUCAAGUCACCACAUUCCGCUCGUCGAUUGCCGCGGUCCCAAAAGCCGCCUGUCAAGAUAAUGCUGCUCGCUCCUCCGCCCAACCCAAAAAAACAUCUUCCAUCCUGUCUCACAGUUCACUAUCGCAUGGAUAUCAGAUUUCACAGGUGAUUGCAGAUGAUGCUCCAGUUUUCGACACUCACGAUGUCUUCCUCUUGGCACAUUUCAAGUCCACUACCAGUAUCAGUCUUAUUGGCAGUCAAUCCAUUUGGGUUGAGGACGUGUUGCAACUCGCCUUGCAAUAUGAUUUCGUUAUGCAUGCGAUACUCGGACUCUCCGCCCGACAUCUCCAGGAGACCCACCGCUAUGCUCAAAGUCCCUCGUUUGAUAACUAUGGACUUCUCGAAGCGCACCACCUGAAAAAUGCUCUUUCUAGCUUCAACAAGCAAUUUCAGAGUAGCAUUUCGGCAAAUCAAGACGCAGCACUCGCAGCGUCAUUCUUGCUCUGUUUCCACGCUUGCUCUACGGUUCACAUGGAUCCACUCACGACUCCUUUCCAGGAUAGCUCGCUCGCUUUCCUUCGUGGUAUCCGGUCAAUCGUUGCCAGCCGCCAUCGCGCUGCCCACAGUGGUGUCUUCAAGUCUUUAGUGGCACCGCCUCGAUUGACACGACGAUCCAUUCCCCGAAUCGUACCAUCUACAGGGCCUUUUGCACAUUUUAUAAAUCUCCUCAAUGGUUUACCUCCCAUUCCCCACUUUCUCGAAAACAGAGAGGUAUACGAAGAAUGUGUCGAGUCUCUCGCCCCAUUCCUGUCUCUAGCCGAGGAGCAGGAUGAUACCAGAACAGAAGCACUAGAGUUGUUGUUAUGCUUCCUGGAAUGGCAGGCGUUCUGUCCUGCUAAAUUCGUCGCGCUGGUCAACACUCAUGAUCCAAUCGCUUUGAUCCUUUUGGCAUAUUUUUAUGCUACGGCUGGCUCUGUUCUAUCUGAAGCAAAGAGCAGGUGGUGGUGGUGGCAGAGCAAGCCGAGCUACAUGGUGCAAGCAAUUGAUGAAUACCUCGGCAGUGCCUGGACUGUUUGGAUGGAUUGGCCAAGGGCGGCCGUUCAGAAGUUGUGAUGCAAAGCGUGAGCAUCAUCAGGCUACAACUGUCACGGCCAAGCCAAACUGAAAUCAGCAGAGUGGGACAUUAUGGCAAGAAAGGGUCUUGGAAAGGUGUCUAGGAGAGAGAUUUGAUAGUAGAAUUCCAG